AAAUUGCGGUUAACGGAACCUUAAUUAAAAUCGUUAAAAGCAUAACUCCCUUAAACCCCUUCUCUUCCGCGUCUAUUCACGCGCCCCUCUCCAUGUCACCAUUACCGGCGAUCUCACGUUACGUCAUCGCUUACUCCUCUUCCCUUCUCAAACCCCCUAACCCAACCCUCCUAUGCUUCACGCUUUUAACCGGCCGGCGCUUUCUUAUCCGCCGCUCUGUCUAUCCUUGUUUUUCUAUCUCUCCAAUUUUCUCUCUCCCCCUUCGACGAUUCCGAUCUCAUCCUUCUUCAUCCUCUGAAUCUCUGAAGCUCUGAAGCUUUUACCAAUGGCGGAAGGUCCUGAAUCUUCGACGCCGCCGUCGUUGGCGAUGAUUUCAUCUUCUCGACCAGUUCCGGCCAGGGAGGACUGCUGGAGCGAGGACGCGACGUUCACGCUUAUCGAGGCGUGGGGACAGCGGUAUAUUGAGCUGAAUCGGGGGAAUCUGCGGCAGAAACAAUGGCAGGAGGUGGCGGAUGCGGUGAACAGCCGCCAUGGACAUGUGAAGAAAGCUCGGAGGACGGAUGUGCAGUGCAAGAACCGGAUCGAUACGUUAAAGAAGAAGUAUAAGAUUGAGAAGGCUAGGGUUUUGGAUUCGAAUGGUGGUUAUAAAAGUCCUUGGCCUUUCUUUGAUCCUUUGGAUCAGUUAAUUGGAUCUACUAUGCCGUUGAAAAAGAUGUCUCCUUCGCCUCCUAUGGCGGUUCCGAUUAUUGCGCAUCGAACGCCGGCGAUGUUGCCUCAGAAGCGGCCUGCGCCGUCUCCUUCACCUCCGGCUCUGACUUCGGCGCCAUUCCGAGGGGAGGAGUCGUCGUACUUCCGGAAGAAUUAUUCGGCAAUUGCAGCUGCUGCGGCAGCUGCCGCAGAGAGUGAGGAAGAGGAGGAGGAAGAGGAGGAGGAAGAUGAAGAGGAGGUGGAGGUGAGUGGGGAGACUAGUGAGGCGGAUGGGAUUAGGAAGCUGGCCAGGGUGAUUGAGAAAUUUGGGGAGGUAUAUGCUAGGGUCGAGGCUGAGAAGCAGAGGCAGAUGGUUGAGUUGGAGAAACAGAGGAUGCAAUUUGCCAAGGAGUUGGAAUGUCAGAGGAUGCAGAUGCUUGUGGAAAUGCAGGUUCAGCUCGAGAAGAUUAAGCGUGCCAAACGAUCGGAUGAUUCAAAUGAUAUGUAUAGCUAGCUUGUUUUCAGAGCCACACCUGGAGUCUGAUUUUACGAGGUAGUCUGCAAUUUCAUGCUAACGGUUCAAACCCCUUUUGGGGAAAGAUAAUACCAGUAAUUGUAUAAGUGCCCGCCCUCGGACAGGAGCUAGAACGACUUGCGAACUAGUUUGGACAUUCAAGAUUGUUUAACUUCUAUUUGAUCUCUAAUGAGUAAUGACUCUUGAUUCUUAGAUCAUUGGCCAAUUUGGGUCUGAUCUUUUGUAAUUCAACAAUUGUAUAAUACGCUAGUAGGUUUUCUCCUCUAAGCUCACGUUGGUCAUGCUUCUUUUGAAUGAAUGUGCAGUUGGAUUAAA